AGUUUAAGCAGUCUAGGAGGGAGGAAAAGAAACUUGGGAUCUGCCAAUGUUACUAACUCAAGCUAUUUGAAAACAUUUGGGGGAAAAAAGUGACACUUAAAAUCCAUGGCCAAAACAAAAUGAUGUAAAUACCAGGAUGCAUUUGACGUUGACCCUAACAAGGUACACAAAGUCAACAGGAGGUCACACAGUCAUGAUCUGUAGAUCAGCCUCCCAUACUACUGGAUGCACUGACAAAUUUGGAGUCUGCCCUUCCAUAUUCUUUCAAGUACAGCAGGGGAUUGACCAUCACAAUUGGUCUUAUGAAGGGAAGCCUUCUUCUGAAAGCAGUUCAGAAACUUAAGGCAACUUAAGGUCUUUUCAGGCAUCAGCUGCUGGAGUGAACAGCAGAGACACAUCUGAAAAGAUGAACAAUCCAUCAGAGCAUAACAUCACAAGGAAAAGAAAGAAGGGAGAUGAGACUGUACAGCCUGCCCUAGUCAAAAAAUAUAAAAAGCAAACAGAUUUUUUUACAGACGUAUUAGUAGAGGAACAACCUAAAGCAAGUCCACCCAAAAGGAAGAAGCGAAGAAAGAAGAUCUCCGAUGUUCUAGCAAGCUCUGCUCCAACACCCGCUACCCCUGCUGAUUUGCAGAAAAUGAUCAUCCAAUACUUCAAAAGUGAACGUUCUGUAAUAGAACUUGAGGAGCUGAAACUACCAGAUUCUUGUUUCCUUAAGAACAAUGAUCUCACUCAUACUCUGUCCUCCUAUCUAAAGCAAGUUUGUCCUAAGUGGGUGAAGUUGUCCAAGAAUCACACCCAGAACAAAUCUGUGCUGAUGUUGAUAAUAUGCAGCUCUGCCCUCCGAGCACUCGAAAUGAUCAGGCUGAUUGCUGCUUUUAAAGGCAACUGUAAGACUUUAAAAUUGUUUGCUAAGCAUAUCAAGAUUGAAGAUCAAAUAAAAUGGCUUACUAAAGGGGUUGUACAUAUUGGUGUAGGAACACCCGGACGGAUUAGAGACCUGAUAGACCGUGAUGAACUAAGUCUGCAGUCUCUGAAAUAUGUUAUCUUUGAUUGGAAUUGGCGUGAUCAGAAGUUUAGGAGAUUAAUGGAUAUUCCAGAGGUGAAGAAGGAAACACUGAAACUGCUGGAGACAAGUAUCGUACCGGUCAUUAAAAGUGGAUCUGUGAAACUAGGCCUCUUCUGACAUCAUUCAAUAAUCCCUCUUAAUUCAGAAUUUAAUAAAAAUGUAUAACAUUCUUAAUAGCUUGUCUGAUUUUAUAUGCUCUUUGUUACAGUGUAUUUUGUUUUACCUUGAACCUCUAUUCUAGAACCAAAAUUUUAAAGUUGUGCUUUGACAUUCAGAAUUAAGUUCAGUUGGUAGUUCAGUUCAAGCACUUAAAAUUAGUCAUCAAAGUAUUUAGAGGCAGCUUCAAUGCAAGUAUUCAGGGAAGUGAUUAAAAGGGUCAAGUAAGUUAAUAUACAAUCCUAUUAGUAUUGUAAGUUUUAAUAUUCAACCCUAGAGCAGAAAAAAACUUGCAUUCAGUUGUAAAUCUAUGAAAAAUGAGACCUUAUUUCAUGAAGAAACUAAUUUGGAAAACAAAAUAAUGUUGCUUUCAAAUGGCUGUGAUUUGCAUUAAAGCUCUCAGUAAUUAAACAACAAAAAUCCUUGGACAAAACUAAUAAAUGGAUUGAUCUGCUUAACUGUUAGAACCUUGCUGCAUUUGAAAACCAAAACUGCAAAUUAAUUUGUUUUGGAUGGUUAUUGCAUUUUAAGAAUUUUUUUCGAUUGUAAGCAAUUUUAUUCAAGUGCAUACAAAGCUGAGCAUUGGGCUUUAAGUAUACAUCUACUUGGAUGGGAAUAAUACUCGUCUGUAUGCAAUGGUAAAAACUGUAUUUUAAUUGUGAAAUUGUAUAAGUACAAAUAAUGUGUAUUGCAUGUCAAUUCUGUCCUACUGAAUGAAUUGAAAAAUAUUUUGCCUUCUCAUUUUCCAACUAGCAGGUGAUCUUAGGCAGAAAUUAAUCCAGAUCUAUGCUGGGUACUCUGUUGCAAUCAUGCUGCAAUCAUUCUAUGACAGCCAUUUCUACCUGCUGAAUUUCAGCCAUAACUGCAAAAUAAAAUGUGUCUGCAAUGGAGCAAAGGCCAUUUUUUUGGCCUUGUUUGAGAUAAAACCACUCUGCAGGUUGUCAGCAAGAAUACAGAGAUAGGCAUAUCAUUAUAUAAAAUAUCAAAAAUGCAACCAUUGAUAUGCCAAGAGUUAUUUUUCUAUCUAGAUUGCUCUGGAGGGGUACUGCAGCAUUUAGUAGAAAUGUAAAAAAUUACUAAGAAUUUUAGUAAUAGAGACAUGGAGCAAUAGAGCAUGGAAGAAGGCCCUUCAGCCCAACUCAUCCAUGGUGCCUGCCAAACUAGUCCCAUUCGACCCGUAUCCCUCUAAACCCCUCCUAUCCAUGUACUUAUCCAAAUGUCUUUUGUACGUUGUUAUUGUACCUGCCUCAGCUCAUUCCAUAUAUGCAACACAUUCCGCUUGAGGAAGUUGCCCCUCAGGUUCCUUUUAAAUCUUUCAAGUGAUAUAAUACAUGUUAUUCUAUCUCCCCAUCAAAAAAGGCCCUUGCCGCCAGUUUUAUAAAAAUAAGCUGAAGAGAAAGAAGUGCUGGAAGAGAGACAGAGGUGGCAAUGCAGUCUGCCCUUUCUGUCCAGGCUUUUUAUAAAGUCCAGUCCCAGUAACCUUAACUCCAAUGUGCCAUUGAGACACAAGAGGCUGCAGAUGCUGGAAUUUGGAGCAGCAAACAAUCUGCUGGAGGAACUCAGCGGGUUGAGCAGCAUGAUCUGUGUGAGGAAAGAAAUUCUGAUGCAGGAUUUCGACCCGAAGCAUAAACAAUUUCUUUCCUCCCACAGCUCCACCCGCUGAGUUCCUCCAGCAGAUUGCUUGUUGUUCCGAUGUGCCAUUUAUCAACAAUCCAAUGCCACACCUCCCUCUGUCAUUAUUGAAUGCAGAUAAAGAACCUAAAUUAAACGUUCCAAACCAAAUUUGUAUACGAAAUCAUGCACAUUAUAUCUGAAGAAUUAAUCUGCCUUUUGUACUUCCUUAGUGCCUUUCUUUUACAGAUUUGUCAGUCUAGUGCUGAAUGCAGUGACACCUCAGACUGCUGACUUUCAGCAGAGAAAACAGCAAGUGACUUUGCAGGAUGAACUUCCGCAGCUCUGAGCCUAGGAAGGAUGGACUGCAUUAUCUUUGCAUGGGUGGUAGCAGUUUAGUGUGGUUGACGAGAGAAGGGGAGAGUGGUGGGGCUGGGAUACAAAUAAUCCCUUCCUGAGUGAGCGCAGCACGUUCCUUACCAUGAAUCGCUGGAGCCUGCUGUAUCCAGUGUUACAGCAUUCUUCACAGUUUCCCUAGCUGUCACAAACCAGCAACAAAAGAAACACACUGAGCAUGAUUCAGUGUUAAAAACUAUUUUAUUAAUCACUACUAUUGAUAAUACGUAAAAUAAAAGUAAAAAUGUUAGUAUGUUAGAAUUCAAGAAUGUUAAACCUCGAACGUUAACCCCAAAACUAAACUCUUCGUGUGUGUGUGUGACAAAGUCCAAAACUCCCAGUUCCUGAAUGGUUCUUAAAGUUCAGUUCCGCAAGCCAUAAGGUGAAACAUGAGCAAGGGCUUCUUCAACAACCACCGUUGUCUGAAGAUAAGAUGUAGAUGUAGAAAAACAUAGAGAGAGUACAUACGAAAUCCAAAUGUUCCACGAUGGAAUCCAAACGACACUUCAGUGUUUACUCGGUAGUGACUUCCUCACCCCGAAAAGCAUCCGAACCGUGGUCGUCCACAUACAAAUACCUGUUUCCUUCUACAGGUCAGCAACAAAGUGAACUCCACCGGAUUACUUCCAACUUCCAUACAUGGAUUUCAGUGGCAAACACAGUUAUUGUUUCUCAUCCAUCGAUAGAGAAAACAAGCAUGCUGGUGUCUCUCUCCCUUCUCUCUCUCUUUCCUUCUUCUUCUUCAACAACGUCAUUACGUCCUUUAUCUUCUAUUGACGUAAGCACGCCCCACACACACAUACACACACACUCUCUAUCUUAAAGGGACUUUCACUGAGUCCGUAACACUAGCAACUUCAGCUUUUGCUCCGGAUUCCAGCAUCUGUAGUGUCUUGUGUCUCAACUUCAGUUGUAGAAUGCCUGACAGUGCUUGUUCCAGCCAUAAUGCACAUUCUUUUUAAGAGGUAAAGUCUCAUUUAACUGGCGCUAGUCAAAUGCAAUAUUGGUUACCUACUGAAGAUGGCAGUCAUAGAACAGUGCAUUUAUUGCUGGCUAGACACUGCAUUUUAGAGGGGAGCACAAAAUUGACUGUUGCUUGUACUAUAUUGAAUAUUCAUGGGUUAUUUGUUCAUUGAAAUCCCCAUGCCUGUUUUUGGGAGGUAUCCAAUUUAGCCCUAUGCAGUAAUAAUUCUUCAAUUCAAUGAGACAUCCCAUUAAUCAUUCUGUACUCAUAGGUGUCAGGUUCUUGUGGAGUUCUCUGAAUUGACUGAUAAUCACAAAUUGCUGUGUAAGAGUCCACAGAAUUCUGUGGGGAAAUGUGAGUGUUAUGCAUGACAAGUGCUCUCAUUUCUUGCUAACUGCAAAAUCCAUGUUAAUGGUCUAUAAAACAGAAUACCAUUAUGGGGGUAUGGAUGGAAGCACAUAGAAAGAUAUGUAAUUUAGAUGGAGACAAUUUGAUUAGCCAAAUGGUAGGUUUCACAAUCUAGCCUUUCUGGUGUUCUAGAUUUAACAAAUAUGUGUUUUUCCACACGGCCUCCUCACCAUAAGAACCAAUAGUAUUUGUUUGGACUAUGUGUCUUGAUAAACCCUUUUACUUUAA